UUGGGGCUGCUCAGAAACUGGUCAGGCUGCAGAUGGGAAGGGCCUGCAGGACAUAGUAGCACAAAGAGCAGGACAAAGAGCUGGGAUUCAGUCCACACACAUACGAAGUCAUUGGAGUGUCUCAGGUUUGAUGAGUGUGAGAAGCGGUUCUGGCAAAUCUUGGCCGUGGCAGUUGUCAGAGCCGAAAGCUUAAGGGAAGUACUUGAACUACUUUUGCCUUUGGGAAUUUAAGGCAGUGGAUUUGAAUAUGAAGGACGUGAUAAUCCCACAGCCAUCUGGUCUGCUGGUCUCAUCUGACUGAAUAGAUAAUGUGCGUAAUCUGAAAACACACAGUCGGAGGUUUGGAGAGAGAGUAAAGAAAGAGUGGUUUAGCAGUGAGUGAAAUCUCCGGCUGCAGAUAUCGAGAUUUGAUUUACAAUGCAAUAAGAAGCCUGGCUCCACAUGCACAGACAGCCAUGAAUAAUGAAUCAUCAUGAAAAGCAGCUUAUUAAAGAUGCACUGGAAUCCAGAGCAUGCCCAGCCCCUCAGCCAGUGGCCUGAGCAACACCUAGACGUGUCGUCCACCACCUCUUCACCGGCAGACAAGUCGGAAUCCUACUCCGGUCGUAACCGCAGCUCCUACUCUUGGGCCAAUGACGACAUCUCCGCCCUAACGGCUUCCAAUCUGUUGAAGCGCUAUGCUGAGAAGUACUCCGGCGGACUGGACUCAGCGUACGAGCGGGCACAUGCUGUGGGCACCUACCCAGAUCCGGGUGCCUUUGGAGGCCUCAGUGGCCAGAAGACUGAACUGGAGCCCUGGCCACUGACAGACAGCACUGAUGCCUCCUAUUCUCUCGUGCCCCGCGGAGGGCACGAAAACCUGUCCACUUCAAAGGGUGUGGCCACGAGCGCUGGCCCUGCCGGGAUUAGCAGUGUGUCGGUGGUGAACAGCAACCUCUCAGACUCCGGCUACAGCGGCAGCAGCUCCUGCAGUGGUUCCAACGACUACCCCUCCAGCUAUAACAGCAGCUAUCUCUCAUCUGGAUACUGUCCACAACCCGGUGCAGCACUUCCUCCUGCCUCCCUUCAUACACUCCAAUCCACCCACACUCUGGUACCCAGCUAUAGCCCUACCACACCUGUCUACAGCUACCCACCCAGCACAUACCCUGCCCAGAACAGCAUUGCCCCCAGCUAUAGCCACACUACUGCAACAUUCUUGCCCUCAGGUCUGCCAGCGCCCACUCCUGUUCCCCCCAGGCCAUCAGUGUUAGGAGGCAGCUACAGUUACCAAAGCACCAACAUUGGCACAUCGGAGUCUGGUGGGGCGUUGAAAAGAAAAGCAUUUGACAUGGCUGUAGAAGAGAAUGAAGUUGGGGACAACGCUUGUUACAGGAAAUUCAGCUAUGACCCAUUGAAGCCUGGAGGAAACUCGCCAUACAGCGUGAGUGACAAAGCAGAGUGUUGCGGAAACAGCUUCAGCAGUUCGGCAAGCAGUACAGAUCCACAAAACUUUAAGCCCAACAAGCCCUCCUCGCAGCCCCUGGUAUCUCCUCAGUAUGGGCCAGCCGGAGAGUACAGUCCUCCGGCUGGCAUGACAGGAGAUAACACAGUGGCGAAGCAGGCCUUCACCCAACAGCAGAAGCACCAGCAACAACAGCGCUCUAAGGCCCAGAAACGCUCUUCAUUGUGUGGUGUCACUGUUGAUACUCUGGAGAGUCUGGAUCCAUGUGUGUUGGACCUUAUUAACAAGGAAAUUUUGGACUGCAGCCCAGCCCUAAGCUGGGGGGAGUUGGCUGGCCUCACCCAUGUCAAGGCUGCCUUGGAGGAGGACCUGCUGUGGCCUGUGUUGAGGCCCAGUCAAGUGAUACAGCCACCAAGACGCAUCCUGCUGUUUGGUCCCCAUGGAGGGGGUAAAACCACCUUGACUCAUUCUCUGGCUUCACAAAUCGGAGCUUCCCUCUACCGGCUGAGUGGCACCUUGUUGACCUUGAAAGGGAAGGCUGAGGCGGAACAAAUUCUGGGGUCUGUGUUGCAGGUGGCCGGCGCACGGCAGCCAUCAGUGGUGCUGCUCAGCCAAGUGGAAACCAUGGAAGAGGAGGGCCUGAGAGAGACACUGCGCAACUUCUUGGAGAAGGCUCAGCUGAGCACAGGUUUGGUGAUUGUUGUGUGUGCCACCAGCAGGCCAGAUCUGCUGCAAGAUGCGCUCCAUCGUAGUUUCGCCAAGCGCUACCACGUCGGCCUGCCAGAUGUGGGCAUGCGUAGGCAAGUGCUGCUGCAAGCGCUUUCACCUCAUGGCUACAGUCUGAGCGAACGGGAGCUGAUCGUGGUGCUGCAGCGCACUGAAGGUUACUCCGUGUGGGAACUGCUGCAGCUUGUCCAGCAGGCUCUCUCCUCUGCAUCAGCCCCUGCUGGAGCCAUCCAUGGCAAACCCCCAGCCUUCACAGACUUUGAAAAUGCUUUCUGCAAGGUGUGCCCACACAGCACGACAAAAGAACCGGACACUAGUAUAGAGUGGGGCAAGCUGUAUAACCACUGAGGAGUCAGCCAGUCACUGUACUCUGACCCGCUCCUUGAAUGUUUGGUUCUUGGUUUUUUUGUUUUUGUUUGUUUUUUAAAUAGAAAUCAUGCAUCCAAAAGAGCCAGCCAAGCUACGACAAAGCUGAGAACAAAUUAAUUUUACCUGCAUUUGUUUGGCUAUGAAUAUCCACAGUAUUUCCUUUUUUUCACCCAAAGAAAAGAAAUGUUAACUGACCUUUAUGAGUGGUGCAGUGUCUAAAUGGAAAAUCAGAUAGCUAUUUGGAUACGCUCAGAGAUCCAGUUUAGCCUGGGUCCAGGACAAUAUUAAUGAUUUGUUGUUAGAUGACGUGGCCCAAGGUAAUGGAUAAUCAGGGUUGGAAAAUCCCCCCAUUUUUCGGCUUCUCUCAGGAUCCUAUUUAUUGAGAGUCCACUUCCAUGUAUAUGCUCAAGCUUGUGUUUAUCUUUGCUUUGGGAUCAACAACAUUCUUUGACCAAAAACACAACAAGCCAAAUUGUUUUAAUCAAACCGGAUGGCAAAAGCCCCUAUGCUAGCUAGCUGCUCGCCAAAUACAGUAACAGUUACACCAUCCAGUUAAAUGUUCUUUACACGUCUCUUUAUUGAUUUCACCACAACACUUACGCUUAAAUGUGAUCAAAUAGUUGUUUUAUUCCCACUGGAUUGCUGUCCUUAAAUUUUACAUCCACCACAAUGAAUGGCACGCACAUUCCUCCUCAACUGCUGUGGUCCGACCUGCACAUCGUGUCUUUUUCUGUUUGUUUUCUAUGUCGUCUUGUUGAAAUGCUCAGGAAAAAUGUCUUUACCUCAUAAAUAAGAAAUAAAGAAUGUAUGUAAUCUUUAGGGUCUCUGGUGAGAAGUGAGGAGAAAACCUCUUAAAAGACCCUUUGCAGCUGGGCUUUUAUCCUCGGGAGAGAAACUUGAAUUUGGUACAAGAGUCACAUUGAAUGUAAUUCAGGUAUUUCAAUAUUCUGAUGUUUGAUGCCAUAAAUGCAUGUAUUAUUACCACCCCAAUUCCAAUGAAGUUGGGACGUUGUGUUAAACAUAAAUAAAAACAGAAUACAAUGAUUUGCAAAUCAUGUUCAACCUAUAUUUAAUUGAAUACACUACAAAGACAAGAUAUGUAAUGUUCAAACUGAUAAACCUUAUUGUUUUUAGCAAAUAAUCAUUAACUAAGAAUUUUAUGGCUGCAACACGUUCCAAAAAAACUGGGACAGGUGGCAAAAAAGACUGAGAAAGUUGAGGAAUGCUAAUCAAACACCGGUUUGGAACAUCCCACAGGUGAACAGGCUAAUUGGGAACAGGUGGGUGCCAUGAUUGGGUAUAAAAGUAACUUCCCUGAAUUGCUCAGUCAUUCACAAGGAAAGAUGGGGUGAGGUUCACCUCUUUGUGAACAAGUGUGUGAGAAAAUAGUCAAACAGUUUAAGGACAAUGUUCCUCAACGUACAAUUUCAAAGGAAUUUAGGGAUUUCAUCAUAUACGGUCCAUAAUAUCAUCAAAAGGUUCAGAGAAUCUGGAGAAAUCACUGUAUGUAAGCGGCAAGGCCGAAAACCAAUAUUGAAUGCCCGUGACCUUCGAUCCCUCAGGCGGUACUGCAUCAAAAACCGACAUCAAUGUGUAAAGGAUAUCACCACAUGGGCUCAGGAACACUUCAGAAAACCAAUGUCAGUAAAUACAGAUCGGCGCUACAUCCCUAAGUGCAACUUGAAACUCUACUAUGCAAAGCAAAAGCCAUUUAUCAACAACACCCAGUAACGCCGCCGACUUCUCUGGGCUCGAGCUCAUCUAAGAUGGACUGAUGCAAAGUGGAAAAGUGUUCUGUGGUCCGAUGAGUCCACAUUUCUAAUUUUUUGGGGAAUUUGUACACGUCGUGUCCUCCGGGCCAAAGAGGAAAAGAACCAUCUGGACUGUUAUGGACGCAAAGUUCAAAACCCAGCAUCUGUGAUGGUAUGGGGCUGUGGGUAACAUACGCAUAUGUGAAGGCACCAUUAAUGCUGAAAGGUACAUACAGGUUUUGGAGAAACAUAUGCUGCCAUCCCAGCAAUGUCUUUUUCAUGGACGCCCCUGCUUAUUUCAGCAAGACAAUGCCAAACCACAUUCUGCACGUGUUACAACAGCGUUGCUUCGUAGUAAAAGAGUGUGGGUACUCGACUGGCCUGCCUGCAGUUCAGACCUGUCUCCCAUUGAAAAUGUGUAGCGCAUUAUGAAGCAUAAAAUACGACAAUGGAGAAGCUGUACAUCAAGCAAGAAUGGGAAAGAUUUGUACCUAUAAACGUUCCCAAACGUUUAUUAAAUCUUGUUAAAAGAAAAGGUGAUGUAACACAGUGGUAAACAUGACCCUGUCCCAGCUUUUUCGGAACGUGUUGCAGCCAUAAAAUUCGAAGUUAAUGAUUAUUUCCUAAAAACAAUAACGUUGAUCAGUUUGAACAUUAAAUAUCUUGUCUUUGUAGUGUAUUCCAUUAAAUAUAGGUUGAACAUGAUUUGCAAAUCAUUGUAUUCUGUUUUUAUUUGUUUAACACACCAUCCCAACUUCAUUGGAAUUGGCGUUGUUUAUAUGAAUAUAUUAAUGUCUUUCUUUUAUGUUUCUAUCCUUUAUUUUGAAUGUAGUUGAUGGUGGGAUAUUGAUUGUCUUCAAGAAAUAUCAUUAUAGGCUACAAAACUUCAUUUUUGUUGCACAAACUGCUUUUUGUUCUAGUUUACGAUGAAACAGUGAGAUUGUGUAGCUUUCAGAAAAGUCCAAAGUGUUUUUAGAGUGUGUCUUUAUUUAAAGUGAAGCCAACAUAAAUAGAGCAUUACACUUCAUCGCUGUUAUGUUUACUCUCAGAAGGGCCGGAUAGUCAUCCAUGAAUCAAUUUUUUAUUGCGCUUGUCCUCAUUAGAUUUGCGGGUAAGCUGGAGUCUACCCCAGAUGACUUUGCAGGUGGCAUACACCCUAGGCUAGUUGUCAGCCAAUUGCAGGGCGUAUAAAGACAAACAGACAUUCACAAUCACAUUCAGACCUACAGGCUAUUUAGAGUCUUCAAUCAACCUACCACACAUGUUUUUGGGUUGUGAGAGGAAACCGGAGUAUACAUCUAUGGAAGAUUUUGUCUUUUGUUAACCUAAGCUAAUUUUGGGCAAGAGAGGUGCGGUACACCCUAGACUGUUCGCCAGUCUCAGAGCACAUAUAGACAAACAGCCACUCACAUUCACACCUAUGGACAAUUUAGAUGUCCAUCCAUUCAUUUUUUUUACCGCUCAUCCUCACUCGUGUCACGAGCGUGUUGGAGCCUAUCCCAGCUAUCUUUGGGCGAGUGGCGGGGUACACCUCGAACUGAUUGCAAGCCAAUCGUAGGGCACAUAUAAACAACCAUUCACGCUCACAUUCACAACUACUGGCAAUUUAGAGUCUUCAAUCAACCUACCAAGCAUGUUUUUGGGAUGUGGGGGGAAACCGGAGUACCCGGAGAAAACCCACGCAGGCACGGGGGAGAACAUGGGAACUCCACACAGGCAAGGCCGGAUUUUACUCAGAAGUGUGAGGCAGAUGUGCUAACCAAUCAUCCACCAGGCCGCUCAAUUUAGAUGUCUUCAAUUAAAUUAAUUUAAAGAUGACUUUUGGGAAGAGAAGAGGGGAACACCCUGGACUACUUCGUACAAUGAAUGGACAGAAGUCUUGGGACACACCACCAAAUCAAUUAUUAUUAUCACUCAUAAUCAACAGCCAAUCACAAACUGGGCAAGACACCUCCCUCCACCCCUCGCAGUAAAAAUUUUGGACAACUAAAUGUUGGACGCAAGAGCUUUGGUUAUUUUAUCAGGCAUGUUUAGAUGAGUUUGGUGUGGAGGAACCCAAGAGCCGUCACCUCCCUCUUUGGGAUGAGGUAAAAUCAGCGUUUCCUCCAUUUUCAUCGUCAGGUGUCCCAAUACAUUUGGUCAUAUCCCUUUUCACCCAAUGAGAAUUAUGUAAUAUUUCUCCUUCUGUCCCCUCCUUUCCGCCAUAAUUUUUUUCUCUCCCAAUGCAGUCUCAUUAGCGACAAUGCACAGUGGCCAUGCAGUGUCAUAUCUUCUUCCCCCAUACCAUGGCACCCUUCGCCUUCCCUGAAAGUGCUAUGAUUUAUGUUUCAGUCCACCCACCACACCAGUUCAAGCACAGUGACCAGCCUGCAUACUGCAAAGUGAACUCAAAGUCAAACUUGUGAUUAUUCACAAAUAUUCACCAUGACUCGUAACAAGAGUACUUUGUCCAAAAAAAAUAAAACUGUUUUCACUUUUUA